AUGAUGACCUAAUCCAAGACUUCCUUUGGAUGGACUGUUGCUGUAAAAUUGCAGACAAGUAUCUCUUGGCAAUGACUUUCGUUUAUUUCAAGAGGGCUAACUUCACAAUAAAUGAGCACACCAGAAUCAAUUUCUUUGUCGCUCUGUAUCUGGCAAAUACAGUUGAAGAAGAUGAUGAAGAAUCAAAGUAUGACAUUUUCCCAUGGGCUUUGGGAAAAGCCUGGAGAAAGCUCUUCCCUGAUUUCUUAAAGUUAAGAGAUGAACUGUGGAGUAGAAUUGACUACAGGGCUAUUGUAAGCAGACGCUGCUGUGAAGAGGUGAUGGCUAUUGCUCCAACACAUUACGCAUGGCAACGACAGCGGUCCAUACACCACAGCGGAGCUGUGAGAAACUACAGUGAUGAUGAAGCACAGCUGCCCCGAGGACCUAGUGCUACUCCUACAGACUGCCUGCUUUGUGGUAAGAAAGGAAGAUUUGUACGACUAGGAUUAUCAUCAUCUUCCUCCUCAUCUACUGACACUUUGGAGAUGAUGGAAUUACAUUCAUCCCAGAAUUUGAAGGACACAGAUGCAACUGAAAAAGUGCUGUUUGACUCUCCUUCCAAUUACACCCAAGACUGUCAGAACCUGUCCAGCAAAAGGAGACCAGGUAGCAUCUGGAAGCAAGACAAAUCCAUGGAGUGGUUUACAAGCAAUGAAGAAUGA